AUAUGGCGUCCGAAAGGAUCGAAACGCCCUACAUCACCAUCUUCGGCCUCUGUGCGUUGACGACCCUGUUGGUGAGGAGCGAAUACGCCACCCUCUUCGACCUCAUCCAACGGCGGCUCCACGACGUGAUCGACGACCUCCAGAUAGAGGAGGGGAAGCAGACGCAGCUGCACAUCCAGAUCAGCGAUAUGUUCGAUGUGAAAUUCUCGAAGGAGAUCAACGAGGCUGGGCUCCAACCGAGCCAGGAGUUCUUCGACGCAGUCCACUACGGCGUCCACGACCUGAUCGACAACCUGGGACUGACCCAGGAGGAGCUCGUCGGGGUGCAUAAGGGGAUUCACCAGGUUUUCGCCGACACGUUCGUCGAAGGCGGGUGCUACACCCUAUACGCGGCGAAUCAUACGGGGUGUCUCCGGGCGGAUUCCGAGUGUCCGAAGAUAGCUCGGGGGGUCAGUGAAGUCGAGAAGGGCCUCGUAGUGGAUCUUCACAAUCAGCUGAGGGCCAAGGUGGCUCACGGACAGAAUCCCUACAAGGCCAAGGGCUUCCAGCCCCAGUCCUCCGCCAUGAUCGAAAUGACUUGGGAUGAUGAAUUAGGCAUCAUAGCCCAGAAAUGGGCGGAUCAAUGCCGCUUCGAGAACGACUGCAACCAGUGCAGACGAGUAGCGAGGUUCUCUGUGGGUCAGAACCUAUUCUUCACCAAGAGCAGCUACCAGGAGGAUCCGAGGGCGGACUGGGAACUCCCAAUGUCUUCCUGGUUCAGCAUGGUCCAACGAUUCCCGCACAACCACGUGUAUUCCUACCAGGCGGGGAGUGAAUGGAGUCCCUACACUCAGAUGAUAUGGGGAAAAUCCUACAAGGUCGGCUGCGGUUAUGCCUCAUUCAAAGACGGCAGCAACUUCAAUAAGCUCUAUGUCUGCAACUACGGUCCCGCGGGGAACCUGGUAGGGAAGCCGGUUUACAGAACAGGGCGCCCCUGCUCCCGCUGCCCCAGGGGUCACGUGUGCAACGGGAAGGGACUGUGCACCUAUUCCGGGAAAGAGAGAGAAGAACUCAAAACCGGGGUAGCUAGCCCUGCUGCAAUCGACCAAAUAAGGGGUACAGAACAUCAAGGUCACCAGGGUCAUGUAAGUGCAGUGAUCGGCAGCGAAGGCAUCCUACCGACCGCUUGCGAACAAGACUGUAUUCCAGCCGCUUUCGCAAAGUCUUGCAAAGAGGGUAGCGUGAACACGAACCAAUCUUGUCCGGACUCGGACUCUCUGUGCUGCACCCUGGCUAAGGAAGGCGAGGUCACCCCGCCCCCUCAGGUCGCAAUACCCAGAGUCUCCUGCCCCCACCAAUGCGUCAGCGUGACAAAUCUCGACCUCUGCGAGUUCGAGAGCCUUAUAACCCACGUGACGAUCGAGUGCCAACGGAAUCUCUGCUGCAAGCUGCGCACCGCGCCGCCAUCGACUACGAAGGCAGCCUGUCCGGAGGACUACAGCUGCAUCCCCGAUGACAACGCUCUCCUAUGCAGUCCCGAUACGACGAUCAGGAACGCUUGCACUUCAACCGCGCACAUUUGCUGCAAAAUUGGUAACCAGAUGCGACAAGACCCGAUCCAGUCCGAAACCGCUGAUUGUGAAUUGAAAUGCGUACCAACGAAACCAAUCGACUAUUGUACUCCUGGCACUCGAAUACCCAACACAAUCUGCGGACGCAACAACACCGAAUGCUGUCAAUAUGAUUUUGACGCCUACUUGAAGGGUGACUACCUGAAGGGUGAUUUCGUUGGCAUUCGCUUUAUAGACGACGUACCCAGAGACUGUCCCUCGACCUGCCUUGACCCGGCCGAGGUCAAAGAGUGUGUCAUGUUCUUGGACACGGUCUGCAGUCAGAACGGC